AUGGAGGGGGACGCGAAAGGAAUGCAGAGGUGGAUGCGGAGAAGACGCGGAGGAGAUGCAGAGGUCGAGACAGAGGAGACACAGAGAAGACUGUCUCCUUCUCCCGCCAAAGCUAACCAAACUAUUCAUCUUUCUUUCCAUUCCCACGACCUAGACCAGCAACUACAGAUGAACACCCGCCUGCAUAACCAUUCUCUGUUCUGUAGAAAUGGAUUAAAGAAAUUAUUAAACUGGUCAUGCCAGAAAAGAAGCAGGAACCCCAUCCCCAAGGCAACUGUUCCAAUAACCAUAACCUCAUGGGCCACUUCUAGUGUAUGGGGAGGAAAAGGUGAAGAAGUACUCGAAGGAGAGAGGGAGGUGGAGCGAUACGAGAAGUUUCACAACUCCAACAUCGAGCGGGAGAAAAUAAGGAUUUCUCUUAACACUAGAAGACCAAAAGUCAUACUUUUGAUAGUGAAAUAG